UCCUCGUCCGAUUUCAGCCUUGAUCAAUCCGACAUUGAGAAGCUCAACGACAAGGACAAAGCCGAGCUGCGCCGGUUCCUUGCCAAUGAAGGGCAGCGUGCCCAUAUCCAGUCUCAAACCCACGAACUCACCUCAAUGUGCUGGAAAAAGUGCGUCACGUCUAGCACGAUUCGCUCCGGCGCGCUUGACAAAUCCGAGCAGACGUGCCUCGCAAACUGCGUCGACCGCUUUAUGGACGCCAACCAUGUCACCCUGAAGCACCUCGAGAGCAUGCGCCAGCGAUGA